AUGGAAUCCUCCCGGACAACGCGCGAUGGCAGAACCCAUUGCGCUGGCAGCGCUGUCGUCAAGGAUAAACUCACCCACUUAAACAGAUGCCCCCGCGCGUACCACUACUUCAACAGCGCGUAUCCGGACCACAGUCUCAGAGUCGAGUACUCCGACGACCCUCGCUAUCCCGCAGGCGAGUACCCCGAGGGUGCAUAUCCGACCGACGCAUACCGUGUAGCAGGGGACGAGGACUCAGAGUCAGAGCAUUACGAUGGCCGCGAGGACGAGACCGACUAUGAUGAUUAUGGGGGCAGUGGAGAAGCCGAAGAUGACGACGACUGGGACGUAAGCCGGCGCGCGAGUUUGCUUUGCGACGGUGAUGAAGAGAGCGUAGACCAUGGCCGGUUCUGGGAAGUGGAUGAGGCCGAGUCUGUGGGUCGAGAGCCCUUGGAGUCGAGCGAGGGAGAGUCGACCAAGGCUUGGGACGAUUCCAAGGAUACAGAGAGGGUUGCAGCUGCGUUCAUGGGAACGACGACGGUCCCCGAAUGUAGAGGCCAAGGGGAGAAUGGAGAGAUCUGUCAUCAUCCUUGCCGCGUCAGCGCUCCCCGUGCUCAGCCCAAUUUCACAUGGCGUACACUUUUCGCAUUAGGCGCUUGUGUCGGGGUGGCAUUAUAUGCUUGGAACUCGGCAUUGGAUCGAACUAGCAAUCCAAGUCUCUAG